CAAGCCAGUCAAUGGAGUCAAGCGGUCACGGCGAUGCUAUAAUAUUAGUGACAGACUAGUCCGUAGCCGAUGUAAAGAGGAUUUUUACUAGAAUAGAUAGCUAUUAUUUAGACUGCCAUGCCCGCGAAGGAAUAGUUGUAUGCUUAAUCAUUGGCUCCUUUGCAGCUAACGUGCCGUAUCAUCACAAAAGGCCUACGUAGCUAGCAGCUAGCUAGCAAGUGAUUAAACAGCCAACAGCAGCUGCAGCGAAUUAACAAGGCACGCCGUAUUUAAUGUUUUAUCUGUAGAGCAAGCAGUCUGCUCUCCUAACGUGAAAGCAUUUGUGGUUUUUUUGUGCUUCUCCACGAUAAUGGCGGAAGAGGGUGCGGUGGUCAUGCAGCAGAAUUUGGACAGGAGCUGCUGGGUGUGCUUCGCCACAGACGAGGACGACCGCACAGCAGAGUGGGUGCGUCCGUGUCGCUGCCGUGGCUCCACCAAGUGGGUCCACCAGGCCUGCCUGCAGCGCUGGGUGGACGAGAAGCAGCGGGGCAACAGCACGGCGCGUGUGGCCUGCCCACAAUGCAACGCAGAAUACCUCAUCGUCUUUCCCAAACUGGGGCCCGUGGUUUACGUGCUGGACCUGGCAGACCGGCUCAUCUCUAAGGCGGGCCCCUUCGCCGCCGCCGGCAUCAUGGUGGGCUCCAUCUACUGGACCGCCGUCACCUACGGAGCCGUCACCGUCAUGCAGUCCCCCUCUGCUCUCCAGGUGGUGGGCCAUAAGGAGGGCCUGGACGUCAUGGAGCGGGCCGACCCUCUGUUCCUGCUCAUCGGCCUGCCCACCAUCCCCGUCAUGCUGAUCCUGGGUAAGAUGAUCCGCUGGGAGGAUUACGUGCUGCGCCUGUGGAGGAAGUACUCCAACAAACUGCAGAUCCUCAACAGCAUCUUCCCAGGGAUUGGCUGCCCGGUCCCCCGCAUCCCGGCGGAGGCGAGCCCGCUAGCAGACCACGUGUCAGCGACCCGGAUCCUGUGCGGCGCCCUGGUGUUCCCCACCAUCGCCACCAUCGUGGGAAAGCUCAUGUUCAGCAGCGUAAACUCCAACCUGCAGAGGACCAUCCUGGGAGGCAUUGCCUUCGUGGCCAUUAAGGGGGCGUUUAAGGUCUACUUCAAACAGCAGCAGUACCUGAGGCAAGCCCACCGCAAGAUCCUCAACUUCCCAGAGCAGGAGGAAGCCUGAGGAAGGCACGGGCAGUCCGGAGGGAGGACGGGCCGGAAGAAGAAGAAGAAGAAGAAGAACCACACACCUCUGCUGGAGGGGUGAGGAGGAGGAUGAGGAGGGGUGGGGUGAUGGUGGUGAAGAUGAACUGUCAGUCUCUGAGCAAAGAAAGUGCUGGUGAAACAGACUUUAAGAAUCAGCGUCAAAAGCCAUCAUCAUCAUCAUCAUCAUCAACAUCGUCAUGUACUCCUCUACUACCGCCUCUCCAACACCUCCUCACCCCUUCUGUUCUGGAGUGAUUCAUUACACCGCCGCUGACAUUCACGCAAGAAUUCCCACCGCCGCCACCACCACACAACGUUUUUAAAAUGUUUUUUGACGCUUCGAUAAGGAGGAGACGGAUAAGCCGUGUGGACACACAAGGAGCGCAAACACACACACACACAAAUCUUUCCCAAGAACUGGAGGGAGGAUGUUUGAACAAUCACAACUAAUACUUAUUGUAGACUUAUUGUAUUUUAAGAAGAGAAGAUGCGGGGCAUGUGUAAUUAGAAAGUUUUAUAAUAAGAAGAAUAAAUGACGGUUUUAUAAUGUUUAUUUUGCAGAUUUGAGACGUCCCCUUGUGCCAGCGUGUUAGGGGUUUCUAUUGAAUGACGAAUAAUUUCAGUGUAUGGAAUGUAUUAAAUAAAUAAAUGUGUUUGACAGUUGUGAAUUAUAAUGCAGUACCAUUAACUACGAGCAGGACGCCACUAAAGGUUCUCCAGUAACACACUGACCACUGCUCAUGAGUUGAAGUAGAGGUGUGUGUGUUUUAUUCAUGGGUGUUUUUAAUCUCUCUGUUCUCUUGCCUUGGCAGUGUUCUCGUUGAUUCUAUAGCUUUAUCUCGAUUCUUUAAAAUGCUCUCGUGAUGUUUUUUAAAAGCAUCAUCUGCCAUCAUCACCCCCCCCCCCCCCCUUCUCUUCCCCCGCGCAGGAGGAGCCCGUCGUCUCUAUCAGAUGUCCGAGGUGGACGAUGCGCUCAGAUCUUUUUGCAGUAAAAAAAAAAAACUUUAUGUGAAUUGCACACAAAGCUCGAUGCAGCACUGUGCUGGAAGUUGAUGAACUUUUACUUUUUUUGGACUUAGUGUGGGGAUUCUUUUUUCUUUUCUCCCCCUCACAAGUGAUGGGAUUGUUGCUGCAGUCCAGCUCAGUCUGUGGCUGUGUGGGUAAUUACCAGGCAGACAUGAGUGAAACUUGGACUCAGGCAAUUGGAAAUGAGUCAUUGGAGCAUUUUGGCAGAACUUUUGUGCAAAUUAGAGGGUCAGUUCACCCCAAAUGACAAAAAGAACAUAUUUUCCCACUUCAGUUUGGAGAUAUCUGUGUGGGAGUUCUGCCUCCACCACUCAGCUGAGAAUGAAAGGAAUUUGGCAGCAUUGAAAAUGACCUUUUUAAAUAAAAAUGUUAAAUAAAAAAAAAUCCAUAUUUAAAAUGUAAUGAAAUUUGGAGCUACUUUUUUAACAAAGUUGUUACCAAGACAUGUAGACAGUAAAAUCUAAGAGUGGUACAACAUUUCUGGAAGUCAUGUUAGUUAAAAAAUAAUGAUUUGAGCAUUACAUGCAUAUGCUAAAAAAAAUGCACAAAUAACAAAUCUGCCUUUUUCUAAUGUAGGUGAACUGAUCCUUUUUUCCUAUAGCUCCUGAUGAGCAGGUUGGCACCUUGCAUGGCAGCCUCUGCAAUCAGUGUGUGUGUGUGUGUGUGUAAAUGGGUGAAUGUCGGCAUGUGUUGUAAAGUGCUUUGAGUGGUCGAUAAGACUAAAGGCGCUAUAUAAAUGCAGUCCGUUUAAACAUAGCCAUAAAUAGUAAGUAAUAGAACUAAAUUGAGAGCAUGAUUUGCAGUUUCACCUUUUUUUCCCCAUGUGGCAAAUGUUUGUGUUCACAGAGCAAAAGAAAAAACUGAACCAUAAACAAAAACACUCAGUAUGUGACUUCCUGUGAACGGGCAUGACUUCAAACUGACCACUCUGCAUAUUUAACCCCGCACGUAGAAAAACUGUGCCUGCUUUUCCAGGUGUCCGCCUCCUCCUCCUCUCUCUGCUCUAUCCCUCUACAUUCACUGUAAAGUCUCCACUCCGCCAAAAAAGAGACAAGUGAAGCUAAAAGUGUGAAACUGUGCUGUACAGACAUAUUGCUUCUGACUAUUACCGAGUCACAUGGUAUCAGUUCUGUGAAUAAAUGUAUUUUUCCAAUGAUUUUUGUGGCUGUGCGUCUUUCCAUCAGAAACACACGCUGUUUCCCAUCAGUUGUUUAUUCAUUAGAAACAUACAGGAGACAAUAAAAAGAACAAACUCAAAA